AUGCACGUACAAUAUAUAUAAUUACAGAUGUUGUAUUCGCAAACUACAUGAAAAUAACGGAUCAAUUAGGAAAUCAGCAAAGUUUAUUCACUUCAAAUGACGUCACCCCUAUUGGCUUCAAAUAUAGAAAGUACAAAAUAAACAGCGAUGGAUUGUUUUGCGCCGAAAUUUCAACAGAGUUGCAAAAUAAGGCUCACUGGCUAAAACCAUUUCCCCAAGAAUUACCAUCAGGAGAGCCAAGAUGGGGACUCAUCAUAAAAAUGAACACCCCUGGUCGCAAAAUGAAAAGCAUUUGGACAAUUCCUACAGAAUGUGCUCCUAGAAGACCUGUUAAUGUUGGUGUUACAUUUCAGAGAAUUGGUAAUUUAGUUCGAAUGGACAGUCAUGAAGCUAUUAACGAGGAUCGUAUAAUCAUCGGCAACAAUGAAAUAUUUGAAGAUGACGACGGAAUGCACAUCAUAAACCACAGAAGAGCAAUUGACCAGGAGAACAUCCUUAGGAGGGCUCAUUCAUUGAAUGAUCUUCGAGACAUAUAA